UGGUGUUUCUGACUGUUCUACAGUAGAAUGCAGUCUCCCUCCUCUCCCUGCAUUUUCUCAUCUUCUCCUACUCCUCCUCCUUCUCUCUGUCCAUCCCCCUUUCCCUCUCGCGCUCUCACACUUCUCUUUUCCUCCUUCACCACUUCACCCUCUUCCCUCGCUCCCUGGGCUCUGAGAAUGACUCCUCCGACCACCAGGACCCCCAGGACCCAGCAUGCCCUCCCGUGGCUGCCCAGGGACAGCCCUCGUUCUGGGGCUUCUCUCUGCAGGAGCCUGCACUUCUAGGCUGGCUCUCCGGUGCACAUAGUUGUCAGGUAAAGCACGGCAGGCUUCAACUCUUCUUCCUCGUCAAAGUACCCACCGACUGACUGACUGAGAGCAGCUGACAGACACAGCACCUUUCCGAGUGACGACGCAACCCGAGAUGGAGCAGGAGAUCUCUAAAGUGCAGCGUAAGAUGUCGGACCUGGAGUCAGUGCUGCAGCAGAAGGAUGUGGAGCUGAAGGCCUCCGAGACACAGAGGAGCAUCCUGGAGCAGGACCUGGCUACCUACAUCACAGAGUGCAGCAGUCUGAAGCGUAGUCUGGAGCAGGCCCGUAUGGAGGUGUCUCAGGAGGACGAUAAGGCUCUGCAGCUUCUCAAUGAUAUACGAGAGCAAAGCAACAAGCUACAGGAGAUCAAGGAGCAGGAGUAUCACGCUCAGUUGGAGGAGAUGCGCGUCUCCAUUCGGCAGCUGGAGGAGAACCUCUCGGCGGCUCGUCGCCGCAGCGACCUGUACGAGUCGGAGCUGAAGGAGUCGCGCCACACGAGCGAGGAGCUCAAGAGGAAGGCGACCGAGUACCAGCUGAAGAUCCAGAAGGCCAAGGAGCAGGGGAAGGCGGAGGUGGAGGAGCUUCUCUCCAAACUGCAGAAGGUCAACACGGAGCAACAGACCAAAAUCCAGGAGCUGGAGGACAAGCUUGUUAAGGCAGUGAAGGCGAGUACGGAGGCCUCUGACCUCCUGCAGAGCGUGCGGCAGGCCAAGGAGCGUAUGGAGAGAGACCUGGAGCGCCUGCAUACCAAAGAGGACAACAGCGACAGCCUGCGCAGACGCCUGCGAGAGACAGAGGAUGGCCGUAAGACUCUGGAGAACCAGGUAAAGCGCCUGGAGAUCGUGGAGCGCAGGGAGAGCAAGCUGAAGGAGGACAUGCAGACUAAAUCACAACAAAUACAACAGAUGGGCGACAAAAUCAGGGAUCUGGAGGAGAAUCUACGGGAGGCCCAAUUGGCGGCUCAUCGGAUGGAGACGCAGCUGGAGCAGAAGGAGAGACUCUUUGAGGACAAGAUUAAGGUCCUAGAGGUCCAGAUGAAGGCUGACCUGGCUGAUAAGGAGGCUCUGGAGUCCAAGCAGAACACCUAUGAGGAGGAGGCCCGAGAGAGCAGCAAGCUCAUCAGCGAGCAGAAGGCUACUAUUAAUGCCAUGGACUCCAAAAUGAGUAGUCUGGAGCAGAGGAUCGCUGAGCUGUCUGAGGCUAACAAGCUAGCGGCUAACAGCAGCAUCUACACUCAGAAGAACAUGAAAGCACAGGAAGAGAUGAUCUCGGAGUUGCGGCAGCAGAAGUUCUACCUGGAGUCUCAGGCCGGCAAGCUGGAGGCCCAGAAUGCCAAACUGGAGGAGCACCUGGAGAAGAUGAGCCAGCAGGAGCAGAGCCACAAGAGCAGAGUCCUGGAGCUGGAGACCAGACUACGAGAGAUCGGUCUGGAGCACGAGGAACAGAAGCUGGAGAUCAAGCGGCAGGUGUCGGAGCUGACCCUGUCGCUGCAGGAGAGGGAGUCCCAGAUCACGGGCAUCCAGGCGGCCAGGCACGCCCUGGAGAACCAGCUGCAGCAGGCCAAGACCGAGCUGGAGGAGACUACUGCAGAGGCAGAGGAAGAGAUCACUGUACUUAGGGCCCAUCGUGAUGAGAUCCAGCGGAAGUUUGACGCCCUGAGGGACAGCUGUGCGGUGAUCACAGACCUGGAGGAGCAGUUGACACACCUGACCCAGGAGAACGCUGAGCUGAACCGCCAGAACUUCUACCUGUCCAAGCAGCUGGAUGAGGCCACGGAUGAGAGGGAGGAGCGGAUGCAGCUGACGCAGGACGUGGACCGCCUACGCCGCGAGGUGGCUGACCGGGAGAUGCACCUCAACAACCAGAAACAGAACAUUGAGACCCUGAAGACGACAUGCACCAUGCUGGAGGAGCAGGUGGUGGAGCUGGAGACGCUGAAUGAUGAGUUCCUGGAGAAGGAGCGGCAGUGGGAGGCCUGGAGGUCCGCUCUGGACGAGGAGAAGAACCAGGCCGAGAGGAGAGCCAGGGAGCUGCAGAGACAGCUGGACAACGAGAAACAGAACAGGUUGCGAGCGGACCAGCGCAGUUCGGAGUCUCGGCAGGCGGUGGACCUGGCGGUCAAGGAGCACAAAGCUGAGAUCCUGGUGCUGCAGCAGGCCCUCAAGGACCAGAAGCUCAAAGCAGAGGGGCUCUCCGACACGCUAGGUGACCUGGAGAAGAAGCAUGGCAUGCUGGAGAUGAAUGCUCGUAGUCUGCAACAGAAGCUGGAGUCCGAGAGAGAUGUCAAGCAGAGGCUCAUGGAUGAGCAAGCGAAGCUGCAGCAGCAGCUGGACCUGCAGAAGAACCACAUAUUCCGCCUGACGCAAGGUUUGCAGGACGCUCUGGACCAGACUGACCUGCUGAAGACCGAAAGGACAGACCUGGAGUACCAGCUGGAGAACAUCCAGGCUGUGUACACCCAGGAGAAGGUGAAGAUGGAGGGAACCAUCACUCAGCAAACCAAACUCAUCGACUUCCUCCAGGCCAAGGUGGACCACCCGUCAAAGAAGAAAAAGGACUUGCAUGUAAAGAUGUCUGAGCCAUGUUUACAAAGAUCACAUAGUCCUCUGCAGGGAAUCUUUGGUGGGCGCCGGAGAGAGGACCUGCUGGCUGCACUGGCCGCCCAGGGGCAGGGGCAGGGGCCCAAUGCGUCCGCUGUGACCCCCGUGCCACUGCAGUACAGUGAUCUGAAGAACGCCCUGGAGAAGGAACGAUCCCGCUGCUCAGACCUGGAGGACGCCUUGCAGAAGACCCGCCUGGAGCUGAGAGAUGCUCUCCAGUUUAAGGCGCUGGAUCACGGGGGCACCCCUGCCACCCCUGGGCUGGCCCGGCAGCAGCUCAUGAUGUCCACCAAGUCCAACAAGUCCCCUGAGCACCAGCCCAACCCGGGACCUCUGGGCCCCUCCAGCUCUGGACGCCGCAAGGAGAGCACCAACGAAGACAAAAGAAGGGUGACUUUCGAAAAGUACAGUCGGCGGGGGAAGGACCGCCUCCACCACAACUCCUCCCACCGCUUCACCCAGGGCCUCAACAUGCGCGCCGCCAAGUGCUCCGUCUGCCUGGACACUGUCCACUUCGGCCGGCAGGCCGCCACCUGCAUCGAGUGCCACACUCUGUGCCACCCCAAGUGCUCCCCGUACCUGCCCGCGUCCUGUGGCGUGCCCUCGGACUAUGCCAUCCAUUACUCAGAGGCGCUGUGCCGGGACAAGGGCAGCUCGUCCGGUCUGCCCCUGAAGGACAGCAGUGGGCACAUGCAUCUGGAGGCCUGGAUGAAGAUGCCCAGGAAUGGGAAGCGAGGACAGGGCUGGGAGAGGAAGUAUGUGAUGCUGGAGGGAACCAAAGUGAUCAUCUACGACACGGAGCCCAGAGAAGACUCAGUUAAGGCGGUGGAUGAGUUUGAGCUGUGUAUCUCGGAUGGAGAAGUGGUGGUACAUGGAGCUGUAGGGGCGUCAGAGCUGCCAAACACCGCCAAGUCAGACAUGGCGUUCGUGCUGAAGCUGGAGUCCCACCCCCACCCCCACACGGCAUGCUGGCCGGGGCAGACACUCUACUUCAUGGCGUCCAGCUUCCCCGAGAAGCAGCGCUGGACCGCCGUCAUGGAGGCGCUGGUUGCGGGGGGACGAGGCUCGCGGGAGAAGGCCGAGGCCGACGCCAAGCUGCUGGGGAACUCGCUGCUGAAGCUGGAGGGGGAUGACCGGCUGGACAUCAACUGCACACUGCCUCUCACCGAUCAGAUUGUCCUGGUGGGCUCUGAGGAGGGUCUGUAUGCACUGAACGUGAUUAAGAACUCACUGACACACAUCCCUGGCCUGGGCAGUGUCUUCCAGAUCCACGUCCUCAAGGAGCAUGAGAAACUCCUCAUGAUCGUCGGAGACGAGAGGGCACUGUGUCUGGUGGAGAUUAAGAAGGUGAAGCUGUCACUGUCCCAGGCCCACCUGCCCACGCUGCCCGAACUCGCCCCGUUCAUCUUCGAGACGGUCAAGGGAUGCCACCUGUUUUCUGCGGGCAGGAUUGACAACGGGUCCUGCAUCUGUGCAGCGAUGCCUAAUAAAGUGACAAUCCUACGCUACAAUGACAAUCUCAACAAGUUCUGCAUCCGUAAGGAGAUCGAGACGCUGGAACCCUGCAGCUGCAUCCUCUUCACCAGCUACAGCAUCAUCAUCGGAACCAACAAGUUCUACGAGAUCGAGAUGAAGCAAUACGUACUCGAGGAGUUCCUGGAUAAGAACGACCUGUCUCUGGCGUCGGCUGUGUUCGCGGCCUCUGCCCACAGCUUCCCCAUCAGCAUCAUGCAGGUGUCCAGCGCCCCUCAGAAGGAAGAGUACCUGCUCUGCUUCCACGAGUUUGGAGUGUUCGUGGACUCGUACGGCAGGAGGAGCCGUCCCGAUGACCUCAAGUGGAGCAGAGCUCCGCUGGCCUUCGCGUUCCGAGAGCCAUAUCUGUUUGUGACGUACUUCAACUCUUUGGAUGUGAUGGAGGUCCUGAGUCAUUCUCCUCUGGGACCGUCAGCGUGGGCACACCUGGACAUUCCAAACCCGCGCUACCUGGGCCCCGCCAUCUCCUCCAGCGCCAUCUACCUGGCCUCGUCCUACCAGAACAAGCUACGGGUCAUCUGCUGCAAGGGCAGCCUGGUGCGCGAGUCGGGCGAGCUACACCGGACAGGCUCCAGCCGGAGACUGGAACCAGGGGACAGCUCUGACGUGGACGCUCUCUUUUACGACCACAACAGCAGUCCCAAUAAGCGUGGGCCGCCCACCUACACGGAGCAUAUCACCAAGCGUCUGGCCUCGGGGCCGUCCAGCCAGGACGGGGGGGGGCUCCACCGCGAGCCCAGCACCCCGCACCGCUACCGCGAGGGGCGCACCGAGUUCCGCCGUGACAAGUCGCCGGCGCGCCCGCUCGAGCGAGAGAAGUCGCCCGGCAGGGUCCUGGACAGCCGCAGGGAGCGCUCGCCGGCCCGGUUCGACGAGCAGCGGGGCAGCGGCCGCCUCCACGCCAGUUCCAGCUCCGUCCGCACCCAGCUCACACCCGUCAACAAGGUGUGGGACCAGUCUUCGGUCUGAGGACUUCGCCAGUGGACCCCAGCAGGAGGAGUAGGGGCAAUAAAGAGCUAAGAGCCAUAAUUGUACCCCAUGCGGGGACAAAAUCCAUUACCAUACCCCACAGGGGGCAGAUCAUCAGCCCCACUGCCUGUGCCGUGCACAUUUGCCGUUCCUCUGCUCCUCCGUUUCAGACACUCUCUUGCACAGUGGACCACCUUCCAUCUAGAGUGUCAUGACGACGCAUUGUGUGUUUGUUUUGAGAUAUUAAAACACUUGACAUGCUGAUUUAUUUCAUAAGAGUGAUUUAUCAAUGCCCAAAGCCACAAGCAAUGUGCAAAUCCGUUUUGCGUAUAAUCUUUCCUCAUGUAAAAUUUCUAUGGAAUUAUUCUUCAGAUUGAAGUUGGCAUUCAGUGCCCUGAAUGUUUCAAGUGUAGCAGGUUGUGCAUUGUAAACACAUGGGGAGGGUGUGUGUGUGUGUGUGUUGAUUAGGAAGGUCACUGACUCUGAAGGUGAAAGAAGACACAGAAUUAUAAACCAAUCUUACUGAGCCCAAUGUAAAAGCACAUCAUGAGGCAAUUGCUCUGUCGCUAGCCUGGCUACUUUUAACAGUUUUAAAUUUGCACGUGACACACGUCACGUGACUUCCUCGUUGAUGAUUUGUUGGCCAAUUAAUCAACCAGCAUGACACAACAUCAACUGUAACAGUUAUUUAAGAAGAAGAAAAACUUUAAUUUGUUGGCAGAUGUAAUGUGUAGGGCUUUUGAUGUAUAUAUUUGGCAUGAUCUUACUGGUUCACAGUUUAGCUCCAUAUCAGCUGAACCCCAACAGUAAUCCACCCAGAGCAAUCACAUUCAUCUUAGAGUGGUAAACUCCCAAACUUCCAGUCUAAGGAGAACAGUUCUAAAGCGCAGCUCAGCUAGCCAAAUGCUAACCGACAGAGCAGUUGCCCCCCAUAGGUUUAACAUUGCUUCAAUACUGUAAAUAGAAUCAUCUGUUUUUAUAGUCCAAGGGUAUAAGAGGCUGGGUUGAGCCAAGACUAUUUUUAUGAACAACGUGUUUGUAAUGAGUGUUGAGACCAGAGUUCCCUACUUGAACAGAUGAAAAUGAUCAAAUACUUUGAGAUUGUGGGCCUAGUUACUUUGGGAAGUAACGACUAAUACCUGACUGAGUUGAUAUCAUGGAGGGAGAAAGCCGGUUUCAGCUUGUAAUACAUAAUACGAAGGAGACCCAGUAUGUUCUGCUACAAGUGUCCUUGUGCUGUUCCUGUUACCUUGUACUUUCUUGAGGCUAUUAGGCGUUUGCUUACUGGACUCAUUUGGAAGCUGGACACCCCUGCUAAGUGACUUCCAGCGGACAGUGUGGUCUAGCGCCCUCUGCUGCUUAGAUGACGGAUGAUCCUCUUCCAACUCCUCCCCCCACCCCGUGCUGUGACCGUUUAACUUCCAUUUGCCCUCAGGGUUCGUUGGGACUCUUAUCGCUUUGUUUUUCUUGUGAAAACUUCGCACUACAACAGCCAAACUGCAUCAACUGGUCUUCAGAGGAGGGUGUCACCAAAAAUCGGGAGCGCUCACGUCACAAACUCGAAGCAUGAGAUAAUCUUUCUCGAUUCUUUUGUUUGUUUUGUUUUCUUGUCAAGUUAUCACUUAUAUUGUGUAUUUGAUGAGUAAAAAUAUUGAUGUUUAAUGAUAACAAAUGGAGCUUUACCUGAUUUGUAAGGGAAGAUUAAAACACAACAUGAUUACUCAAAAGAUGCCUUGGGAUUUUUUACCCCCCUUCACCCAGGUUACCGUUU